UCACUAAAAUUUGUAUAAAACGAAGCUAGUUUUUAAUAAAUUCACACCCGACUCAACCUAUAUAUCAAUUACAAAAGAGAGUAAAACUCGUUCCCGAACCAAAACUUAUCAACACCGGACUCAAUCCACUUUGACCGAGUUGAAUGUUUUUUAUUUUAGGUGCAUGUCUAAUGUAAAGUGGAUUGAAUAUUUAACAAAAUUCACGCCCGAAUCAAAUUUUCGUGAACACUGAGUUCAACUCAUUUUGACCGUGUCGAAUUAGGAUGAGCACCCAUCGAUUAAAUGAAAGUUAAAGCGACACAAAUUACAAUAAUAGGAAGAAAAAAAAAGGAAGCAAAACCAAAUUGGGCGAGUUUUUAAUAAAUUCACACCAAUCUAACCCGUAAACAUAAAAGUGGUAAAAUUCAUUCUCAAUUCAAAAUUCGUCAACAACAGGUCAAAUUAGAUUGAAACCAAGGUUGUCAACCCACGAGUUGACUUGCGGGUUAAUCCGGGUUGGCCCGGACCCGACCUUGAAAACGGGUUAAAAUAGCCCAUUUGAGAGUUAGUCCGGAAAUGUUCAAACUCGGGAAAACCCGGGCGGUUGGCCCGUCCGAGCGGGUCAGUGGACUGCUCGUUCCAAAGUGUUGUUGAAUUUGUACUCUGUUGAAUUUAAGUUGAUGUUAUUUAAGUGUGUUAGAGUUUAAGUACGGUUGUUUUUUUUAUGUUGGAUUCAAAAUAAGUACAAUAGAAUGACUUUUUUGUAUUUUUGGGCUAAACCGGACUAAACCGAAUGACGCAUUAACCCUUGACCCACUAACUCGACCGGAUCCGGGUCGACCCGCGGGUUGACUGAAACCCAUUGAUUUGGAUUCAAGUUAGGUUGAAUUGUCGCGAAAAGAAUUAGUUCUUAAAAAGUUAAAUAUAAAAAAUCAUAGUUGAAUAAUAACGAAAAAUAAUAACGAAAAAGUCCAAAUAAAAAAACUCUGAGGCCGUACAUAUAUACCGUCUUUGACGUACUGAGCUUGCGAAAUCAAAAGAAGCAACCAAGAAAGGAAAAAGCGAUCAAAAAUCCAGAGAAGAGACAGAAAAACUCGAUCAAAGAAACUGCUGAAUGGGAUGGAUGAACUGCCCGCGCCCGCUGCCGCUGCCGCUGCCGCAAAUCCUCGUCGUCGGCCACCGCCGACGUUCGAUUGCAAUGCUGAUAAUUGCUCUUUCUACGACUCCAAUCUUGAGCACCUCCAGUCGCACAUUAGAGAAAAACACCGGAGUCUCAAGCACCACUGCGAUAAAUGUGGCUAUUCUUUUUACACUAAACAGCAGUUGGAGAAUCAUCUCGCCGACGAAUGUCGGUACCGCCGCCGUCGCCAUUAGCUCUUCUCCGGUCGUGUGUUGUGGCGGCGCCGCUGGAGGGGUUCUUGAGGACUCUAAGGUCUAUGGCGAGUCAUUGGGUUUGGCAUCUUGCUGCUUAUACGGUGGUUCUCCUUACAACCCCCAAGAAUCCAGUUUAAAAAGAGGGGUGGAUAUAGUGGUUGGAAGACCUGGACGCAUUAAGGAUCAUAUUGAGCGGGGCAAUAUCAAUUUUAGCUCCUUGGCAUUUCGUGUCCUUGAUGAAGCUGAUGAAAUGCUCAGAAUGGGUUUUGUAGAGGAUGUGGAGCUUAUCCUAGGAAAAGUGGAGGAUGUCACCAAAGUCCUGACACUUCUGUUCAGUGCUACUCUGCCUGAAUGGGUGGUACAUAUUGCUUCGAAGUUCCUUAAACCGUCCAUGAAAACCAUAGGCCUUGUUGGUAAUGAGAAAAUGAAGGCUAGUACCAAUGUAAGACACAUCGUCCUUCCAUGUUCUGCAUCGGCCAUACCUCAGUUAAUCCCUGAUGUCAUUCGCUGUUACAACAGUGGAGGGCGUUCUAUAAUUUUCACUGAGAAGAAGGCUAGAUCACUUCUGAGUUCAAUGGAGAACCAUGUUACUCUUCUUCUUGAGGCUGGAAAACCAUUCUAUUCUCAAUCGUAUGCUUAUAGUAUGCUGAAGAGAUUCUUGCCGGAGGAUAAGGUCGAGUCAUUGAAGGGGUUUUCACUCACACUUGAUGGGCAAGGUGCUGUCUUUGAUGUGGCCAGGGCGGUGGGUUCAGAUUUGGGGGCAAAGGCACGGUGGCAGAGGGAGGUGGUGGUUCCAGCGGCGGGUGGAGAGGUUCGGUGAAGAAGUGGUGAGCUUGUGUACAGCGUUGACACGUUUGACUUUGACAUGACAGGAGCAGGAGUUCGCGACCUGGACUGCCGGGGGAUUAAUUGCUGAUGAUGACAAUGUAACGAUUUGUCCUUGAAUGUAAAGAACUAGAAGUUUUUGCUGAGUUUUGUACUGAAGAAACAUACAAACUAACUAUGGGUACCGAUUAGUAAAAGAUCCAAAACGGAUCGUAUAGGUCGGAAACAGCCUCAACGGCUAAUGAUGAGAACGAAUAACAAAAAUCAAUUUUCCCCCCAAUUUGGCAAUCUCUCUCUCCCUCUCUCUCCCUUUUGCAUUCCUUUCUCAACGUUCUUCUUCCGAUUUCUCUGUUCACCGUCAUUCCUCCUCCAUUUCCAUCGUCAAGUGACUUUUCAAGUUUAGGGUGUGACACACAACGACAGUUUUUCUUCUAAUUUUCUGGGGAUUUUUUAGCCUCUCCACCCUGGUGUUUGAGCUAUAUUCUGGCAAUGUAAGACGACUAUGGAAGAAGUCAUAAUCCAAAUAUGAAGAGUAUCUAAUUGGCAUUUAUUCUCUUAUGGCUCGAAGUCAUAAGGUUACCUUGCUCUCGCAAGGCCAGUUCACAAAUUAUGAUGCAUGACAGAUUCAUGCAUCGGAAUAGACAAACGAUAAAUAAACUAAAACAAU